AUGGUGAUGAACAACCACUUUCCAGAAGACUUGUUGUUACAGAUUCUGGUAUGGUUGCCUGUUAUUUCUUUAUCGCGAUUCAAAUGUGUCUGCAAAUCUUGGUACGCCUUCAUUUCAGAUCAAACAUUUAUAUAUGAACAUCUCCUCCACACUCAGUCCCCUUCCAACCGGAACAAGAAUACCCUUUUUCUUGUUAACCAGCGUGAUAAAAUCACUUCCAAACAUGUCGUCUCCACGCUCUCUUAUGAAACUCUUCAAGUAUCCCUUGCGCAAGUACCCCUACCUUCACCAUAUUCUGGAAUUAUCGACAAGAAAGUAGAGAUUUUUAUUGUGGGUUCUUGUAAUGGUCUUGUUUGUCUUCACGACAACUGUGGCUUGAAUACUCUUUUAUGGAACCCUGCAACCAAAGAAACAAAGGUUGUCCCUGUAUCAAACUUGCCCGGCCUUCCUGCCAACUAUAGUGCCAGCCCUAAUGGCAUUGGAUUUGGUUUUGAUGCCAAAACUCACAACUACAAGAUAAUCAGAAAUUUUCUAUUCUUCGAAAACUACCCUAACUUAGACGUGUAUGAAAUGGCACUCGUAGACGAGUAUCAAAUGGGAGUCAUGUUCUAUAGCGAGGUAUAUAGCUUAAGGACUGACUCUUGGACACAAGUUGACAACCAGCUCCCUUUUUGUAUUUGGAAUGCUUUUGGAGGUAUGAAGACAAACCUGAAUGGGAUUGGUAAUUGGUGGGCAUCAGACAGUGAUUGGGAAGGUAUUGUGUCAUUUGACGUAGCCAAGGAAGUAUUCCUAAUAACUCCGAUGCCGAAUGAUAGCCUUAUAUAUAAUGGAUAUCGAUAUGAUGUUGAAUAUUUCUUGUUGAAUGAGUUGGUUGCUGUGGCUAUUAGUUGGAAAAAAAGACAUGCGGAGUGGUCACCUAUGUGUUGGGAUGUAUGGUUAUUAAAUGAAUAUGGGGUUAGGGAGUCUUGGACAAAGCUGUUCAGGGUUGGCCCUCUUACAGGAAUUUGUAGACCAUUAGAAUUUUGGAGGAAUGACAUCAUAUUCUUCGAAAAAGAUGGACAGCUGGCUUUGUAUGACGUCUCUACCAAAGAGAUGAUGAGUACUAUUAAUCUUCAAAUUGAUGGAGAUCAAGUAUUCUCGUUUCAGGUCAUUAGUUACAUGGAAAGCCUAGUUUCCAUUAGUGGAUUAAUUAAUUAA